AUGAACAGCAGCAUAAACUUAAUAAUCCCCUUGCAGCAGCUCAAGCUGCCGUGGUUCGACCAUCGGUCCUUCCAGCUGAAGGUGCACCCGUUGUCCGUCCCGUGGUAUUACCCGCCCCAGUCGAAGAGGAAUCUGUUGUCCGCCCAGGAGUCUUACCCGCCCCAAUUGAAGAGGAAUCCCUUGUCCGUCCUGGAGUAUUACCCGCCCCAAUUGAAGAGGAAUCUAUUGUCCGUCCCGGAGUAUUACCCGCCCCAAUUGAAGAUGGAUCAAUUGUCCGUCCCGGAGUAUUACCCGCCCCAAUUGAAGAGGAAUCUAUUGUCCGUCCCGGAGUAUUACCCGCCCCAAUUGAAGAUGGAUCAAUUGUCCGUCCCGGAGUAUUACCCGCCCCAAUUGAAGAUGGAUCAAUUGUCCGUCCCGGAGUAUUACCCGCACCAAUUGAAGAUGGAUCAAUUGUCCGUCCCGGAGUAUUACCCGCACCAAUUGAAGAUGGAUCAAUUGUCCGUCCCGGAGUAUUACCCGCACCAAUUGAAGAUGGAUCAAUUGUCCGUCCCGGAGUAUUACCCGCACCAAUUGAAGAUGGAUCAAUUGUCCGUCCCGGAGUAUUACCCGCACCAAUUGAAGAUGGAUCAAUUGUCCGUCCCGGAGUAUUACCCGCACCAAUUGAAGAUGGAUCAAUUGUCCGUCCCGGAGUAUUACCCGCACCAAUUGAAGAUGGAUCAAUUGUCCGUCCCGGAGUAUUACCCGCACCAAUUGAAGAUGGAUCAAUUGUCCGUCCCGGAGUAUUACCCGCACCAAUUGAAGAUGGAUCAAUUGUCCGUCCCGGAGUAUUACCCGCACCAAUUGAAGAUGGAUCAAUUGUCCGUCCCGGAGUAUUACCCGCACCAAUUGAAGAUGGAUCAAUUGUCCGUCCCGGAGUAUUACCCGCACCAAUUGAAGAUGGAUCAAUUGUCCGUCCCGGAGUAUUACCCGCACCAAUUGAAGAUGGAUCAAUUGUCCGUCCCGGAGUAUUACCCGCACCAAUUGAAGAUGGAUCAAUUGUCCGUCCCGGAGUAUUACCCGCACCAAUUGAAGAAGACGUACCAGAAGAGGGAGCAGUGA